AUGCUGGUGAAAUUAUUCGUGCGCGGAACAGUGAAACUCAGUGUUUCUGGACUUGUGAAAGGAAUACGUGUGGUGAAAAAUAAAAAUUACGAAGCAAACAUGAAGUUUUUCAUCGUUGCAGCUGUUGGGCUCAUCCUUGCCGUUGCUGAAAUCCACUGCAAAAGCGUUUCGAGUGAACCGGGUUGCGAGACAGAGGUGUUGUUGGAUUGCACCAAGCGUCUCGACUACCUCAAUUCCGACAAAGCGCUGGAACUCGGAGCUUCGCAGCAGGACCUGGAAAACGUCUGCCCAACACUUCAAGACGGCAUGCAAUGCAUCAACGACUACAGCAAUCGCUGUUUGCCAGAAAAUAUUCAGGCUUACUUCCAGUCGAUGUAUAACGGCACGAUGUUGGUGAUCACGGAGCUUUGCAGGCCUGGCGAUUUCCAGAGUGGUGAGUAA